UCUGGUCACUUGUUUACAAUUAAAACCAAUAAUGUUUUUGUUCCCAGAGUGGUGUUUGGAGCGUUGCCAUGUUUAGCUCGUCUAUGUACUAAGGAAAUGCCCGAGGACAUACGAGCGUCAGCCGCCGAAACUCUUGCCUAUUUAGCUGAAGUGGACACGGCGCUGCAACGCCUCGCGGCCAUAUCGAACCACCUGAUGAGUUCGCUGGCGGACAUCGUGACGUGCGAGUCGGCGGCCGCCAAGCAGGGCGCCUUCAAGUGCUUCGCCUCGCUCGGCGCCAACGACGAGGACAUCCGCAAGAUGAUCAUCGAGACCCACGGACUCAUGGUGCACGUCGUCGACGGCAUGAACAACUCCGAGCCAGCGGUGCGGUUAGCGGCAGUGAGGUGUUUACAUUCAUUGUCCAGAUCGGUGCAACAACUCAGAACCACAUUUCAGGACCAUUCAGUAUGGAAACCUCUCAUGCAACUCCUCACAGAUUCCCCCGGAACUGAGCUACUUACCGUCGGUUCAUCUACAUUGUGCAAUCUCUUGUUAGAGUUCUCACCCGCCAAGGAGCCAAUGUUGGAUCAAGGUGCUGUAGAAAUGUUGUGCAACCUAACGAAGAGGCCCGAGGCCGCGCUAAGGCUCAACGGCAUAUGGGCGCUAAUGAACAUGGCCUUCCAGGCGGAACAGAAAGUGAAGCAACGCAUCCUAUGUUGCUUGGGCACGGAGCAGAUGUUCAGGUUGUUGGGAGACAGUGACACGCGAGUGAUAAUGAAGACCCUGGGCCUGUUGAGGAACCUGCUGUCCACCAGGCAGCACAUCGAUGCUAUUAUGAGCGAAUAUUCCUCGCAAGUUAUGCAGGCUGUGAUAGUUGUGUUAGAGGGAUCUUACCCGGAGGUCAAGGAGCAAGCGCUGUGUAUAUUAGGCAAUAUUGGCGACGGCGAGAAAGCUAAGGAUCUCAUCAUGGCCAAUGAGGAUGUGCUAAGGAAGCUCGUCGACUAUCUGGCACAUCCCGAGAGCAAGUUACAGGAGGCGGCCGUGUUCGCGGCGGGCAACCUGGUGUGGCGCGGAGAAGCGGGAGCCGCCGCCCGACAGGCGCGCCUCGCCGACCUCGGCGUGCUGCGCGCCCUGCGACACCUGCGCGCGCAACACCACGCCGACCACCUACACGAUAAAGUUAAGACGGCGCUGGCGCAAUUUAAUGAGUUCACAUAAUAUCACAAGAGCCACAAGCACAAGCGCUCGAGGAGAAAGUGACUGUCGUGCGAUGUGCUACAGGAGUGAGCUUGUGAUUAUAACGGUGACUACAGUGAGCUACCAAGUCAUAAUACUUAGGGGGAAACGACGACGCCAACCUCACCAUAGACAACACCUAUAUUGUACUGACGUUAGGAAUUGUGUACUAUAAACAUCACCCUAUAUACAUAGGAAAUCUUCGUACUAUUUAAUUUAAUUUCAAAUCAUAAUUGAUUUGGUGCCGUCGUGUUCCAAUAAUUAAUCAUGUAGAUUAAGAGUUGCAGCAUGCUUGCAUGCGUUGUCUCAGACUUGCGUAUUUAAAGUAAUCCUAUCGUAGAUCGACAUUGUGUCUGUUGUAAAUAUAUUUUCUUUACGCCCUAGAAACAAGUGGAAUGGUUCGAGGAGCAUUCGUAAAGUGUAAAUAUGCCGCUGGUAACAUGCCGAAACUAUUGCGGGCAGCUGGGUUGUCUGUAAACCUAUAGUUAAAUGUAAAUAGUUAAUUCAAGUGAUGCUACUAUGGGAAAAUUUAUCGAAUAUUAUUGCAUCACGUAGAUAUUCAUGUCAUGACUUCAGAUAAUCUCAAGAAUAGCGGUCGAACAAAUGCAUUACCAACGACAGAGGUGCUACAGUUCCUCGCAAUUAUUUUGCAUUAACUAGCGAUAAUGUAGUGAAACUACUCUAGUUAUUUAUUACGUAGUCAAUGCGGGCAUACGAAAUCAUAAUAGUGAAUAUUUCGAUGUGAAAUCUCUAUACUUUUGUGUAUGAACUAUGAAUAUAAAGGUAGUAUUUACAUGUUGCUUUAUUGCGAGUUUAAAUAAGACUCCCAUACUUGUAUCUAUGACCGUGAGAAAUUUUCUAUGGUCUUGAUAAAGUUGAUUUAACGAGGCCCUAUCAUGAUGAAUUGUCAGACUAAUUGGGUAGAUAGGAAAUCGAUUAGAUUUGAGGUUGCAUUAAUCAUGAUUAUUUAGGCCAUUUUAAUCAUAUUCUUAGUCAAGUUGCAGUGUAUAUAUAAGUGACUGAGCUUAUAGAUUCGAUUAUCCAAUGAAAUUUCUUAGUGGGGAUAUGCGUCAAGUAGACGUCCUGUUGUAAAAACUAGAUCGUUUUUACAAUAAAUGUAAAUAUAUUGCAUAAAAAUAAAAAAUCUUGACAAGACCCACGCUAAAAAAGUUCGGCUAAAAUGUCUGGUGAAUAGUCGAAUAUUCGUCUCGCAAGUAUGGGAAAGACGACACAAUAUUGGCGUUGCUAUACAUGGUAGAUUCUAUAAUAUCUCAAUCGACGUUGUAUUUAGAUAAUUACGAUUAUUCAUCAUUGUGUAAAUUGAUAAAUUCAUGUCGUAACUAAUCUUAAUAGUAUCGAUAACGUGAGAAUUAAAUUCUGAACUUUAACUCUACGAUGUAAGGUUAAAUAUUCUAUUAUUAGUGUUGUACAUAUUUUAUGAUUUGUCUAUAUGUGCUAGUGCGUCAGAACAUCGAUGUUGUUCUUUAGACGCGUCUAUAUGCCAAUGCGGUAAUAAUAUCUUCCAUUGUUAGUGAAAAUAUUUGUUCGUGUAAAUAACGCGUCAGUGAAACUGAUGGAAGGAACUGCUUAUGUUUCCUAUACGUGUUGAUAUCAUUGGCAUGACACAAAUUCGUCUGUUGUAACUGGCUUUGAGGAGGUGACAAUGUUGGUAUAGCUUGAGUUUAUAUACAUGGACCUUAGGUAUACUGGAAUAAAGUAAAUAAUGGGGUAACAUUGUCAUUUACUCACGAGUCUAAUAGUGUAUAAUACUCAUUGUGUGUGUAUAUUUCGUUUUAAUAAAUUGUAUAAUAGUUAAUGUUAUUUUCUUCAAAGCCGAUUGGCUGUAUAAAUCAUGACUUAAUUCGCUUGCAAUAUUUAGAAAAAUCAUAUGGCGCUUAAUCAAAUAUAAUAUGUAGUAAAAUUUUAAUGGCGCAUAAUCAAAUAUAAUAAGGCUUUAAACGUUGCAUCAUGUUAAUCAAUUAACAGUUUCUUUAAUUGUAAAGGGGUACUUCCAUAAACGAGAAUCCGCGGUGAUUUUGCUCUCGUUUUUUAGGAAAUUCCAUAACAAUGAAUUCUUCCGCCAGUGUUUCGCGACGGAUAGUAAAUAAUUACCAUAUUGAAAUCAGUAUGAUAAUAAACAAUAUAGAUAACGUUCAGUUAAAUGGUAUUACCUGUAUAAUAAUAGGUGCGUUCUAAAUUUAGCAUGCGAUAUUAUAGUCAUAGCAUAGGCAAAGUACUUUUUUGUAAAUGGGCAAUUAUGAAAGUCUAUAGCUUUUUCUUAUGAGUGAUAAGCAAAAAGCAUGUCCUUAUAUUAAAUAUUUAUCACAGCUGCUGUUUUGUCGCAUGAAAAUCGUUCGUGGAAGUGCACCUUAAGAUAGUAAAAUAAUGGAUUAUAAAAUUUACUUGGAUCUAGAAAGUUCCGCGUUGUGGGCCGUACUUUCUAAGUAUUCAACAUUUGCAUUGCAACGACGUCGCGCCAGAAUUAUUUGCGCUUAACUUUAGAUAUGUUUAAAUAUUGCACGUAAUUUAACACGUUCCCUAUAAAUCGUUUAGUUUAUUCAGUGAUACUUAGUCUUUUCUAUAUUUAGAAAAUGUUCUAAGUAUUUAAGACGAUGUAGUCACGUCGCUUAGUGAUUUUACUGUGGGAUUGAUUUCACGAGGAUUAGUAAUUAACAAAGGUUCCUAAUAAUAAAUUCAAUGUAUUCUACAUUGCUCGCUGAUUCGUUAAAUCCUACGGUAGUUAUUGAACCGGCGUCAUAGUGAACGUGUUAACUGCGAACAAAUGACUGAUAGUCUAGAAAUUUUAGGUCAUAUUUGUCUCGAGUUUUCGCGGGCAUUGUUACUCGAAUGGAAAUUUAGUAGCACUUAUUUCGUGUUGCACGUUUUCAUUAAUUAUUUAUAAUCAUUUUUGUAUAAUAAAAUGCCUUGUAUUAUAUGGGAGCUAUGUAAUUAUUACGGCUUCACGAUUUGACUAUUUCUAAAAAUGGAAUAUAUUAUUUAUGACAAAGUUACGUUUUUCAUGUUAAUACGAAUAUAAUGCAAAAUUA